AAAUUGCAACAUAGCCAUAUAAGUCUUUGAGCGGAUAAAGUCGAACUUGGCUCCAUGAAAACGACGGUGGUUCAUGGAGAGCAGGCUUUAAUCUGGAAAUAUGUUUGGCUAAUUACACUGUGCAACAAAAUGUUACCCAAUUUAUUAAUGAUUUCGAUAAAGAUUAGUUUAUUUUUUAAAAGAUGUCUUUGGCGAACUCCUUCUUUAGAAAAUGAAAAUAGCUCCUACAAAUAACAUUUCGUUUCUACUUCCUUUUGUGGCAAAUAACUUAUAGCUAAUUCUAUCGCAAAAUAAAAAAGUUACUUUCCAAAUCUGAAAAAUGUUAUGCAUAAUAAACCCCUUUUUGUUGCACAGUGUUUAAGGUAUGUGCUGAAGAGUGAGUGUUUGCCUGUCUUUGAAUUGUCUGUAUGUAUGUAUGUAAAACCUUAACUUAAAGAAUAUUUUCGAGACAGAAAUAAAACUGAUAAAUAUUUUAAUUAAAAGACUAUAAAAGCGGCUGUACAUUUCAAGUUGGGUCAUAAACUAAAGAAAUGUUCCUUCAAACCGUUCGGUUUCUACUUUUGGCGGUGUAUUUCGGGCCCAUCCUGGUGGCUUCCGAAGGGAUCGAGUCCUACGAGAACUACUACAACGAGAUCCAUGUAGAUGAUGAGCAGGCGGAGGCCAAGACCCGAAAUGCAUUGACGUCACCGCUGCAACGUUGGCCUGGAAACAAGAUAUACUACCGAAUAUCCGGGGACUACAGUGAACAGGAGGUGGCUAAUGUGAGGACAGCAAUGACUAGUUUCGGUGAACAAACCUGCGUGCAGUUCGAGGAGAUCGAAGGAUCGCCUCCCUCAGGCAAACGAUAUGUGUCCUUCAAGAAAUCGCCCAAUAUGUGCGGAACCCGAGUGGGCUAUCAACCCCUAUCCUUUGGUCCCCACGAAGUGGUCCUAAAUGAGAAAUGCCUCACCAUGCCUGCUGUUAUCCAACACGAAACCCUCCAUUUGCUGGGACUUUUCCACGAGCAAAGUCGUCCCGAUCGAGAUGAGUACGUGCAGAUCGACUACGACAAUAUACCCAGGAAAUACUGGUCGCAGUUUAUGGCCAUGGAUCAGACGACCACCUUUAAUGUCCCCUAUGAUUACGAGAGCGUUAUGCACUAUUCGAAAAACGCCUUCGCCAAGGAUCCCUCAAAGCCAACGAUUCGCGCCUUAAUCGAAGGCAAGGCUGUGGAAAGGGAGAUGGGUCAGGUGCGGGGACCUUCCGAGGGCGAUUGGACCAAGAUUCGACUUAUGUACAAGUGCUGA